AUGGACUCUCACGCAACCCUGCCCGGAAUACUGCGCCGAAUCUUUUCGAAAGACAACCCAGACAUCGUCAGGGCACAGCAGGCCCUUGUCGACCUGCAAGAUACAGGAUGCAAGCCGCUGACGUGGUACAUGAAGGUCGAACGCUGGUGCACUCCGUUUGUGCACAGCGAGAUCUGCGUAUUGGAAUACUUUUAUAAAAACAACCUACAGUUUUUCGAAGGAGAUCGCUACGUCUAUUGUAGCAAGCCGGCUUGCUUCACUUGCAAGCUGUAUUUCGCGGAGCAUCCGACAAGCAUGAUUGUACCGGAAUCGCAUGGGAAAGUGUAUCCGGAUUGGGGACCGCCCUUGGUGGAAGGUUUCAAGAGGAAAGAUGCAGACUCGGAUAGGCAGCGGGAUUUGAUGAUUGAAAUAACAAAGACCGUGAGGAAGGAGGUUGUCAAUCAUCUGUGGGGGAGGAGCGUCCCGCCAGCUUGGCACCCGGAUUCGACAACGGGCGUCUCAGCUUUGGUACCGUCACUGCAAGGUCUAGAGCAGGAAAUCUUUAGAUAUGAAGAUGGAAAUUCAUGCAUCGCGUAUGCGUCGGAUUCUGGGUUUGCGUCCAUUGAGGAGGAGGGGUUGCUACAUGAACUUGAUCAUGUUGCAGAGGGGCGCAGUGCAUCGUCGCAAGGAAGUCAUGAAUCCGAGAACAACGAGUUUCAUGACGAGAACAAUUCGGACGAAGAAGGUGGCGCAUCAUUAUAG